CCCAAACAUCAUAGAGAGAGGCUUGAAUUUCUCAAUUUGCAGAUCCAAAGGCCAAACACUGAAGUGAGCUAGAGAGAUUUGAGCUUCGUAUCAUAGGGGUUGGUAAUACUAGCUCAUACAAGAUUUAUCUUGCACAAUAUUGUUUCUGAUCGAUCGAGCAAACAAAAGACACAGGAGAUUUUAUCUAAAUUGGACAGUGGUCCAAGUAAGAGGAGGAGGAGGAGGAUUAUAUCUGAAAUGGAGUCUGAUGCUUCAGCCACCUCCCUUCCGGUUCUAGGAGGCGAAUACGAAGUGUUUUUGAGUUUUAGAGGGCCAGACAGUCGCCGCACAUUCACAGAUUUUCUAUAUACCUAUCUCAACGACGCAGAUGUUCACACCUUUCGGGAUGACAAUGAGCUUCGCGAAGGAGAAGAGAUCGACCCUAAGCUCCUCGAAGCAAUCAGGGAGUCCAGUAUCUCCAUCCCAAUCUUCUCCAAGAACUAUGCUUCCAGUAAAUGGUGCCUCCGUGAGCUGGCUCAGAUGGUGGAUUGCAAGGGAAGCAAUGGACAAUUGAUUUUGCCAAUCUUCUAUGAUGUUGAACCAUCGGAUGUGAGGCAUCAAUCUGGGAGUUACGAGGAAGCCUUUCGCAAGCAUGAGAGGUGUUUUGAUGGAUGCACUGUUAUGAAAUGGAAAGAGGCACUCAAAGAGGUUGGAGAAGUCAAGGGUUGGCAAGUCAACAAAGAAGCUGAUGGAUCCAAAUAUAAAUUGGGUGUUCGAAUGACAAAUUUGCAGAUCCAAAGGCCAAACACCGAAGUGAUCGAGCUAGCUAGAUUUGAGUUUGGUAUCAUAGUGGGUUGGUAAUACUCGUACAAGAUUUAUCUUCCAUAAUAUUGUUUUUAUUAUUUAAUAAAUAAUAAAUAAUAAUAAUUAAUGAGUUUACGAAUUAUAACGG